CAGAUGGAUAGGGUAAGAAUGUUCUUGGCUGAAGACCCGUAUGUUCAGCACCUUGGACAGCGCGUCCUGAGCGCUCAUGGGGUUUGAAGUCAUUUUCGCGCGGCAGAGCGUCACUGGAGACCGUUUAGAACUACAAAUCCCAUGAUUCCUUGCGCUGCGCAGCUUUCUCCGCUGGUCGGCAUAAUCGGAAACGGGCCACAAGGCGUCGUAGUAACCAAGCCGAAUGGCUUACUAGAAACCAGAAAUCAUAUUCUCCAAAAUAUUACGUCAAUAACUCAACUCAAAGCGCCUUUACGCCCUCAACGCUGCGCUGAGUUCGCGGUGGAGGGAUUAAUCCACCUAAACCAGCUCGCGCGGCUCUUUUCCUCCGUUUAAGAAUGAGGAUAGUUGCACCUCACACCCGGUUGCUGAUGAUUCAGUGAUCCGGAUCACGCGAGGAAUGGAAGAGUUUGCUUGAGGAUCACCGGGAAUUGAAGAUCUCCAGGCGAAAGUUGAAGAGCAUGAAGACGUUUUUGGGGAAGGUCUGAUCGUCGGCGCGAUGCUGGGCGGUCGAGAAUCGUCUGACGGCUGAAAUCGUGGAGGUUUUCGGAAAUCCCGGAGGCAAACACGCCGACUUCUGCCCUUUAGAGAAGAUUAAUAGCACGAUGGCUUUGAGCUGUGCCUCCUCGGUGAAGACCUGAAGUCUCUGCAGCCCUUUAAAGACGUCCAGACCUCAGUGUGUUGAAGGUGUCCAGCGUGUUGUAGAUGCAUUUGGAUCAAGAUCAACUGCUAGAGUUGUUUUUAAGGUAAUGCACAGAUUCAGCGUGCUUUUUAAAGGCUUUUAUACUCUGGAAACCCAUGCAAUGGCUGUAGGUGUGACCAACUAUUCCAGUAUGAACAUUUGUAGCCACUCUUGACUGCAUUCCCUUUAAUCUGGAUCCAAAUUUCAACAUUUUCCCAUCAUUUUAGCCUGAUUUCUUCAUGCCACCCAUUGGGAUCUUCAGACACCCUUCCCUGUACAGGUGACCCAGCUUGUGUUCCAGUUAUGAUGCCCGUGCUGCAUGCAUGAACUUCAAGAGGGCGUUGAAUGGUGGCAGUGCCGUAGGGUUGAGGGUUGGUGUUGCCUAGUGGUUAAAGAUCUGAACCGGUGUCUAAAAGGCUGUAGGUUCCAACCCUACAAGAGGUGACCCAUCACCAUUGUGUCUUCGACACCCAAAGAAAGUCCACUAAAUGGCACUUUUGUGAAUGGUAGACCAUUGCAGAUCCUGAGAGCAUGGCAGAUAAGACGGCUCCCCGCUGUCAGCUGAGGCUGGAGUGGAUUCAUGGAUACAGAGGACAUCAGUGCAGGAAUAACCUGUACUACACCGCGGGGAAGGAGGUCGUGUAUUUCGUGGCUGGAGUCGGAGUGGUUUACAACACAAGAGAUCACACACAGAAGUUUUACUUGGGACACAACGACGACAUUAUUAGUCUAGCGCUGCAUCCGGAUAAGAUCCAGGUGGCCACAGGUCAGGUUGGGAAGGAUCCGUAUAUCUGCGUGUGGGACUCGUACGCGCUGACCACCGUGUCCAUCCUCAGAGACGUUCACACGCACGGUGUGGCCUGUCUGGCCUUCGAUGCCGACGGCCAGGUGAGUCACAUGACUUCCUUGGGACUUGAUGCCAAAAACACGGUGUGCGUGUGGGACUGGAAAAAGGGGCGUGUCUUAGCCACCGCCACGGGACAUUCUGAUAGGAUCUUUGAUAUUUCCUGGGACCCGUUUGUGCCGCACAGACUGGUGAGCUGCGGAGUCAAGCACAUUAAAUUUUGGACAUUAUGUGGAAAUGCAUUGACACCAAAACGAGGGAUCUUUGGAAAGACGGGGGACCUGCAAACCAUCCUCUGCUUGGCAACGGCGAAAGAUGAAGUGACGUAUUCUGGAGCUCUAAAUGGAGACAUUUACGUGUGGAAGGGGCUCAACCUGACGAGAACGAUACAGGCGGCGCAUGGAGCAGGGAUCUUCAGCAUGCAUUCAUGUGAAGAAGGCUUCGCCACCGGUGGGCGGGAUGGAUGUGUGAGGCUGUGGGACGUGGAUUUCAAACCCAUCACCAAGAUUGACCUCCGGGAGGCAGAACAGGGUUAUAAAGGCCUGUCCAUCCGCAGCGUGUGUUGGAGGGCUGACAGGAUCCUGGCAGGAACUCAAGACAGCGAGAUCUUCGAGGUGAUGGUGAGAGACCGAGAUAAACCACUGCUGAUCAUGCAGGGUCAUUCAGAGGGGGAGCUCUGGGCCCUCGACCUGCAUCCCAAACAACCGCUGGCCGUCACAGGCAGCGACGAUCGAUCCGUACGACUGUGGAGUUUGUCCGAACACACGCUGAUCGCUCGCUGUAACAUGGAAGAGGCCGUUCGCAGCGUUUCCUUCACCAACGACGGUUCCCAGCUGGCUCUCGGCAUGAAGGACGGCUCCUUCACUGUUCUUCGUGUCAGGGACAUGACGGAGGUGGUCCACAUCAAGGACAGGAAGGAGGUCAUUCACGAGCUCAAGUUCUCACCCGAUGGCUCUUACUUGGCCGUGGGCUCCAACGACGGGUUUGUGGACACCUACGCUGUGGCCCAACGCUAUAAGAAAGUGGGAGAGUGCAACAAGUCCACCUGCUUCAUAACACACCUGGACUGGUCCGUGGACAGCCGCUUCCUGCAGACCAACGAUGGAGCUGGAGAGCGAUUCUUCUACAGGAUGCCAACCGGUAAAUUCCUGCCGAAGGAGGAAGCCAAAGGAAUCCAUUGGAUGACGUGGACCUGUGUUCUCGGAACUGAGGUCAACGGAAUCUGGCCUAAAUAUUCCAACGUGAACGACAUCAAUUCUGUGGAUGCAAACUACAGCAGUGCAGUGCUGGUGACGGGCGACGACUUCGGCCUCGUCAAACUCUUCCGAUUCCCUUGUCUUAAAAAAGCUGCCAAAUUCAAGAAAUACAUCGGCCACUCUGCCCAUGUGACCAAUGUGCGCUGGUCACAUGACCUGCAGUGGGUUCUGAGCACGGGCGGAGCCGAUCACUCCGUCUUCCAGUGGAGGUUUCUGCCCGAAGGAGUCAUGAAUGGAGUUCUGGAGCCGCUGCUGCAAGAGAGCUACGCUGACUCUAACAGCGGCGACUCUGACUCUGACCUCUCCGACGUUCCCGAGCUGGACUCAGACAUCGAACAGGAGGCCCAGAUGAACUACGAGCGUCAGGUGUAUAAGGAAGAUCUUCCUCAGCUCAAGAAGAGACUGGCUGGAUCUCUGAAGAGGCAGAAAGCUCCGGACGAGGGGCUGCGCCUGCAGUUCGUCCACGGGUACAGGGGCUGCGACUGCAGGAAUAAUCUGUUCUACACUCAGGCCGGUGAGGUGGUGUAUCAUGUGGCGGCUGUGGCGGUGGUGUAUAACAGACAGCAGCACACGCAGCGCUUUUACCUCGGUCAUGACGAUGAUAUCCUGAGCCUCACUGUGCAUCCGCUCAAAGAUUACGUGGCCACCGGACAGGUGGGUCGAGAUCCAGCCAUCCAUGUGUGGGACAUCCAGACACUCAAGUGUUUAUCUCUGCUGAAGGGUCAACAUCAGCGCGGGGUUUGUGCUCUGGAGUUCACAGCGGACGGCAAGAGUUUAGUGUCUGUGGGAAUCGACGAAGAUCAUUCCUUAGUCAUCUGGGACUGGAAAAAAGGCGAAAAACUGGCCAAAUCCAGAGGACAUAAAGAUAAGAUCUUUGUGGUGAAAGGAAACCCGUUCCGCAUGGACAAACUGCUGACGGUGGGAUUGAAACACAUCAAGUUCUGGCUGCACACAGGAGGAGGUUUAACAUUUAAAAGAGGCAUUUUCGGGAAUCUCGGUAGGCAGGAGACCAUGAUGUCCGCCUGCUACGGACGCUCGGAGGAUCUGGUGUUUUCUGGGGCGACGACGGGUGACGUGUACAUCUGGAAAGACACGACGCUCAUGAAGAGCAUCAAAGCUCACGACGGGCCCGUGUUUGCCAUGUGCUCUCUGGAUAAGGGUUUUGUGACGGGGGGUAAAGAUGGAGUUGUUGAGCUGUGGGACGACAUGUUCGAGAGAUGUCUGAAGACGUACGCCAUCAAGAGGGCAGCGCUCUCGCCUUCAUCUAAGGGACUGCUGUUAGAGGACAACCCGUCCAUCAGAGCGAUCACUCUGGGACACGGACACAUUCUGGUCGGCACCAAAAAUGGAGAGAUCCUGGAGAUCGACAAGAGCGGCCCCAUGACUUUACUCGUACAGGGUCAUAUGGAGGGGGAAGUCUGGGGCCUCGCAGCUCAUCCUCUGCUGCCCAUCUGUGCCACUGUGAGUGACGACAAAACGCUGCGCAUCUGGGAGCUUUCAGCCAACCAUCGCAUGGUGGCCGUCCGGAAACUUAAGAAAGGUGGUCGAUGCUGUGCCUUCUCGCCAGACGGAAAAGCCUUAGCGGUGGGUCUAAACGAUGGCAGCUUCCUGGUGGUGAAUGCAGACACGCUGGAGGACAUGGUGACCUUUCACCACAGGAAGGAGAUCAUCUCUGACAUCAGGUUCUCUCAAGCUUACUGCAGUAAGCGGGUGGGAAUCUGUAAAGGAGCGUCCAGCUGUAUCACACAUGUGGACUGGGACGUCUGCGGAAAACUGCUUCAAGUCAACACUGGUGCCAAAGAGCAGCUAUUUUUUGAGGCUCCACGUGGAAGACGACAAACUAUCAGCAGUUUAGAGUUUGAGAAGAUGGAUUGGGCCUCGUGGACGUCAGUGCUGGGUCCCACCUGUGAGGGCAUCUGGCCGACGCUCAGCUUCGUCAACGCCUCUUCACUUACCAAAGACAAGAAGCUGCUGGCCACCGGAGACGACUUCGGCUUCGUCAAGCUCUUCAGCUUCCCCUGCAAGGGUCAGUUUGCCAAGUUUAAAAAGUACGUGGCUCACAGUGCCAAUGUGACGAGUGUACGAUGGUCCAAUGACGACGCAAUGUUGCUGUCAGUGGGCGGAGCUGACACCGCCCUCAUGAUCUGGGCGAGAGAGGGGAUUGGUCCACGCGAGAGCAAAGCUGUGGACAGCGAGGAAUCAGACGACGACGCUGAAGAGGAUGGAGGGUACGACAGUGACGUCGCUCGGGAAAAGAACAUGGAUUACACGACGAAGAUCUACGCUGUCAGUAUAAGACAAAUGACAGGCGUGAAACCGCACCAACUACAGAAGGAGAUCCCUGUGGAUGAGCGGCCUCCAGUGAGUCGAGCCACACCGUUACCUGACAAACUGGUGAAGAACAACGUCACAAAGAAGAAGAAAAUCGUGGAGGAACUGUCUCUGGAUCACGUGUUUGGCUACAGGGGCUUUGACUGUCGAAACAACCUUCACUACCUCAAUGAUGGAGCAGACAUCAUCUUCCACACGGCCGCCGCUGCUGUUAUUCAGAACCUCUCUGCUGGAACUCAGAGCUUUUAUCUGGAGCACACGGAUGACAUCCUCUGUCUGACUGUCAAUCAACAUCCCAAAUAUCUCAACAUCAUCGCCACCGGUCAGAUCGGCCUGGCGCCGUCUAUUCACGUGUGGGACGCCAUGAACAAACAGACGCUGUCAGUGCUGCGCUGCUCUCACGCUAAAGGGAUCGGAUACGUCAAUUUCAGCGCCACAGGAAAACUGCUGCUGUCUGUGGGAGUGGAUCCGGAGCACACCAUCACUGUGUGGAGAUGGCAGGAAGGCUCUAGGGUUUGCAGUAAGGGCGGUCACAGCGACCGGAUCUUCGUGGUGGAGUUCAGGCCGGACUCGGACACUCAGUUUGUGUCGGUGGGAAUCAAACACAUCAAGUUCUGGACGCUGGUGGGAGGCUCUCUGCUCUAUAAGAAAGGAGUGAUCGGAGCGGUGGAGGACGGGUGCAUGCAGACCAUGCUCUCUGUAGCGUUUGGAGCCAAUAACCUGACGUUCACGGGGGCCAUAAACGGUGACGUGUACGUGUGGCGAGAGCAUUUCCUGGUGCGUGUGGUGGCUAAAGCUCAUACAGGACCAGUGUUCACCAUGUACACCACGCUCAGAGACGGACUCAUCGUGACCGGAGGCAAAGAGAGACCGACUAAAGAGGGCGGCGCUGUGAAACUGUGGGAUCAGGAAAUGAAGAGAUGCAGAGCAUUUCAGCUGGAGACGGGGCUUCCUGUCGAGACGGUCAGAUCUGUGUGCAGAGGAAAGGGAAAGAUCUUGGUGGGAACGAAGGAUGGCGAGAUCAUCGAGGUUGGAGAGAAGAACGCCGCCUCCAACACCAUGAUAAACGGACACACACAGGGGCGCAUCUGGGGUCUGGCCACACACCCCUCCAAAGACGUCUUCAUUUCCGCCAGCGAUGAUGGAACCAUCCGCAUUUGGGACCUGGCCGAUAAGAAACUCCUGAACAAAGUCAGUCUGGGUCAUCCGGCGAAGUGCACGGCGUACAGUCAGAACGGUGAGAUGGUGUCCAUCGGGAUGGAGAACGGAGAGUUCAUCGUGCUGCUGGUGAAUUCACUGACUGUAUGGGGCAAGAAGAGAGACCGCAGCGUGGCCAUCCAGGACAUUCGGUUCAGCUCUGAUAACCGGCUGCUGGCCGUCGGCUCAGUGGAGUGCGCUGUCGAUUUCUAUGAUCUGACUCUGGGGCCGUCUCUCAACCGGAUCGGCUACUGCAAAGAUAUUCCUGGAUUUGUGAUCCAGCUGGACUUCUCUGCUGACAGCAAAUACAUUGAGGUCUCUACCGGUUCAUAUAAGCGUCAGGUUCAUGAGGUUCCCAGCGGGAAGAUCGUCACAGAACAAGCCCUGAUUGACCGAAUCACCUGGGCGACCUGGACCAGUGUUCUAGGUGACGAGGUUCUGGGCAUCUGGCCGCGUAACGCAGAGAAGGCAGACGUGAACUGCGCCUGUGUUUCUCACGCCGGGCUCAACGUGGCCACCGGAGAUGAUUUUGGACUCGUGAAGCUCUUCGACUUUCCCUGCUCCGAGAAAUUUGCCAAACACAAGCGUUACUUCGGCCACUCAGCCCACGUGACCAACAUCCGUUUCUCUAACGAUGACAAAUAUGUGAUAAGUGUAGGAGGCAACGACUGUAGUGUGUUCGUGUGGAGAUGCAUCUGAUGGGCCUCCACACAGCUGGGAAUCUCUCCUCCAAACACCAAGCCGGAGAUACCUCCAGUGUCCGGAUGCUGCACUUCUGUUAUGCUGCGUUUACCCCUCUAGACCAGAUGGAUCCUGGACGAGCCGGAGUUCGAAGAGGGUUUUUUUAACCAUUCUGUGAAGUGCAAUGUUUACGCUUACAUGUACUUUUACAAAGAAAAAAAAGAUACACUCAUAAAUCAUGCCACUAUUUCAGAAAUAAAUGUAUUUUUUGUUCGGAUUCUGAAGUGCCUUGGAGACACAGUUUGCUGAUCUUUGCCCCGAAGUGUUCAUAUGAUGCAUAUAUGGUGCUAAAUGUCCACUUAGAGCUUUUUGAAAUUCUUUUAAAAAAUCAUGCAUUAUGCAAUUUAUUUUCUUCUUUAUCUUCUUUUUAAAUUUUGUACAUAAAUGUCAACUCACUAAAUGCUCUUCCUGUUGGAACAUGGGACUCAGGAGAAAUUAAGUACUGUAAUGUGUAGACGUUAUAUUUGACUUGUGCUAUUUUUGUUAAAAUAUUUAUUUUUUAUGUACGUAUUUGCGUAUGACGUAUGCAAAUUAGUCGGUCGGUCGGUCUGUGGGCGUAUAUGGAAAUUGAAAAUGCAAAAAACUCGCUGUUCAAAUAUUACAGUUAUAUGAAAUGUACGUAGUAGCGUUGUCUGUUGCGACGUGUGUAGAUUGCGAUGCGCUGUUUGUAGCCAAUGACAUGACAGCAGCUGUUUAUCGUGCGCAGAUAUCGCGUUAUAUCUGUCAUUUGUAUGUUCAUGUUUUUGUAAUUUGUCUGAUCAGAGGUCAGUCUAAUUGAAAGCUAUAUAAUAAUGCAUGACUCGAAGUCUGUGUGGUUGCUGAUCAUGAAUGAAUACUGUUGUUUUAUAAUUAAA